AUGGGGCUUCUGCCUUGGCCUCGGUACCGCCUGCCUUCCCUGCCUUCAAUUCUCAAAACACUGUUCCCCCUGCUGGGCUCCGCCAAAAACACCAGCUGUCUCUAUUCCUGGGUCCUUGGGCCCCUCCGCUUCCUACCUUCACGUAAACCAACUCAGAAGUCAUCUUUUGAAAGAGAAAGAUGGUGGAGAAUAGCAUUAACAAACACUCCUAAUCCUGGCACUUACCACUUGAAAACUUUUAUUGAAGAAUCCCUGUUAAAUCCAGUGAUAGCAACCUACAAUUUUAAAAAUGAAGGAAGGAAAAAACCACCUCUUUUGCAAAGAAAUGAUCCGGUGCUGAAUGACCUUCCCCAGUACAUGCCUCCUGACUUCUUGGACUUGUUAAAGAAGCAAGUGGCCACUUACUCAUUUAAGGACAAACCGCGGUCAAGCCCCAGCAUGCUGGUUUACAGAGAUCAGUCAGUUAAGCUUUCACCAGGGCAAUACGAGCUACUUCCUCCACCAGUUCCCAAGCAAGCUUCCAGGAGCUUUGUAUUUCGUUCUACAGUUCAAAGGUUUCCAACAGGCUGCUUCAUUCCUCGUGAAGGCCCAGGACCAGGUCAUUAUGACUUGAAAAUACCUUCGGCAAGUUCUGUUACUUCUUGUUUUCAAUCCAGAGUACCUCGAUUCUUGCCUGCCUGUUCAAAAACCCCGGGCCCAGGAGCAUAUACCGCUUCAGCGCAAUUCCCCAAGCAGCCCCGUACCAUAGCCAAAAUGGGCCGAGAACACAGCCUUUUCUUCAAUAACAAUUGGCUUUUAAAAUAA